AUGGAAAAGUUCUCAACAUGGAGAGAUAAAGGUACAGGUAUAUCACCAUUCAUGCCUAAUGAAUUCCCUCUUCAACAACAAAUUCAAUUCCAAAAACAACAACGUUCAAAAAUUUCUUAUAUCCAAACCCAAAUUAAAAUCUUUGGUUUAUACAUUUUAAAAUCAAUCUUAUUCAGUAUUAAAUUUCCGAUCUUUAUCAUUUCAAGCUUGAUUUAUUACUUAUUCCCUAUUAAAGUCGUAUUAAAGUUCAUUCUUUUGGUUUUAUUCAGUUUUAAUAAUGUCAAUGUAUCAGUUGAUGGAGUCAAACGUACUAAAACAGAUCAAAUUUUACAAAAUCAACCUAAUUUGGGUGAUAUCAUUAUUAUUAAUUAUAUUAGUCCAUUAGAUGGUUUAAUCAUUCACUUGAUUUCGAAUGUAUAUCAUUGGAAAGUGAUUAAAUUAUACAUUCCUGAUUCAAUUGGAAGAUUACAUCAAUAUUCAAUUUGGGAAUUUAUCAAUUUUAGUUUUAAUUCCAAACAAAAGGGGAAAUUAAUCGAUGAAAAGGAUUUAUCAAAGUUAGACUUAUCAACUUCAAUUAAUUUCUUUUUGUUAGAAGGAACAGCUUCCAAUAAUAAAGCUAUCUUACCAUUCAUUAUAACUCCUCAGAUUGUUAAUUUAUUAAAUCAAACUUCUCAACCUAUUAAAUCCAUCAUUGUUAAAUUCCAACCUAAUUAUUAUACUUUACCAAUACCGAACUUAUAUUCCAAAGUAUACUACUUAUUUGAGAUAUUAUCGAAUUUAUCAAGUUCAAAUUUCAUAAAAGUUAAAAUUUAUAAUAUUAAUAAUGAAAGAAAAGAUGUUAUUAAUAAAGUUAAACAAUCAUUUCAAGAAAAUAAUCUUUCAAUCAUAAGUGAUAAUCUUGAUAUUGAUGAAAAAUCAAAAUUCAUUCAUUACUAUUUAAAUUAUGAUCUUAUAGAAAGUAAAAAGAAGAAGUAA